AUGGAUCUCGCGACCUUUGCACCUCAGGAGCUGCUCAAGAUCCUCGCGACCCUGCUGCAUGAGAUUGCAACCGCCAACGACGAGUUCCAGCCGGAUGGCAGCAAGGAUACCAGCAGCAGGAAAGGGAAUCGCAGCCGAGACCGUUCAGCGCCAGCUACACCCGCCGAGUCGGCUCAUUCCGCGGACGGAUCGGCCCUGCGCGACUACUCUGCCCCUCCAGGCUCGCAUCUGUCCUUCCAGGACGCGCGGCGUCCCUCGGUCACUACCGCCGCCUUGGGAGCGCUCGCGACGCCAUCGAGCACGCUGUGCUUCCAUGCUCGCAACGUUCCGAGCAUCAGCAUCGAGUCGUAUCUGUUGCGCAUCCUCAAGUACUGUCCGACGACCAACGAGGUGUUUCUGAGCUUGCUCGUCUACUUUGAUCGCAUGAGCAGGAUGGGGACGGGCGCAAAGCCGGGCGCCAAUGGUGAAGGCGAGGUUGCGGGCGAAGCAGCGGGUCUUCCUCGUGCCGUCGAAUGCGCCACAGGCCAGCAGCACGACCUUCCAGGGGCUGAGUCCGGUCGACUGUCGGACGGUGGUUCCUCGUCUUUGUCGGCAAAGGAAGCGCAGCCUUACACGCAUCCAGGCAUUCGCGGAUUCGCCAUAGACAGCUACAACGUGCAUCGCUUGGUGAUUGCUGGCGUGACGGUGGCAAGCAAGUUCUUUAGCGAUGUCUUCUACACCAACAGCCGAUACGCCAAGGUCGGAGGCUUGCCCCCUCACGAGUUGAAUCAGCUCGAGCUGCAAUUUCUGCUGCUCAACGAUUUCCGGCUGACGAUCCCGCUCGAGGAGAUGCAACGCUAUGCCGAUCAAUUGCUCAUGUACGCCAGCGGUCGACCGGAAAUGGCCAAGCUCACAAAGCAAGUGAGCCCAGCCGGAACGCCCAGCCAUGCCGCGCCCGGGAACAGCACCGCACCUGAUGCAAGGACGGCGUCGGAUCACCAGCACCACCAAGCAGCAGCAGCAAGCACGGCACAGAGUGCAAUUGCAGGCCGUUCAGAGGCCGACGCAGAGGGGGACGUGCAGAUGUCGGACGCUCAGGGGUAG